AUGGGUAAACCAAAAGUAGUCUUUGCUAUUGGGGAUUUGGUAUUCGCAAAAGUUAGAGGUUACCCUACAUGGCCGGCGAAGAUCACUUCUCAUAAGAACGGCGUUUACAUUGUUAUCUUCUAUGGAACUGGCGAUGAAGGACAUAUUAAGCGUCAAAAUCUUUUUCAAUACACAGAAAAGGCGAAAAAAAAAUUCUCAACGGCAAGGGCAUUAAAAGAUCCCGCUUUUCGGAAGGGGAUUGAGGAAGUUGAGGCGGCAUUAAAGGACGUACACCCCGACCCUAUAAGGGGUGAUGACAUUGCAGACGAUACUCAACCUGAUGAUAAUGUUGCAGCUAUUAAUACCCAUGCUGGUGGUGAUGAAGAACAAAUGACGGCUGGAGAAUCUGUCAAUAUGUCAGAGACGGUAGAAGUUAAUGAGGAAAACAUACGGGUCGCCAUACGGGUGGACGAGGAAAAGAGCAGUCAACCUAAAGAUUACCCCAAUGUUACAUGCCUCCCACGACCAAUAACACCUGAGCACUAUGUUGACAAGGAGGAAUGCCUAAGUACAGGUCAAGAGGAGAAUGUAAUUUCAGUAUGUAAAUACUUUGAUGUUAUAUAA